AUGGAUAAGAAGAAAGAGUACGAAGAAGAAAUCAGUGACAUCCUCAGAAAGGUCAUGGAAACAAGUUAUCAAAGAAAAAGGAAUUCUGAGAAGAUCAUUUCUUUACUUAAAACCAUACGGCAGGAGGGAGAACCAGAAGAGCUCAGUGAGAGUCUUAUAAAUGAGUAUGCAGAAUUAAAGAGAAGAGUACUGAAUAAUCUAGGAAUACAAGAGAAGGACUAA